GCCCCCAUGCGCUGCUCCGUUGCUCUGUUGUCUAUCGGCGUGCAGCAAGGCAGUAUAUAAGGCUGGGUGCGGAUGCAGGCUGGACCAGCACCUCCGGCAGACCUCGGCCAACACUUCGACAACCCUUUACCAGCAUCAUGAACUCGAUGAUCGUGUUGGCCGUGGUGGCCGUCCUCGCCCCCGCCGCCCUGGCCGCCCCCAGCGGCUGGCCGGUCGGCGGUGUCCUGGGCCUGGGCCACGGCGGCCUCGUCGCCGCCCCGCACGCCGUGGCUCUGGCCGCCGCCCCCGUGGCCGUGUCGCACAGCAGCCUGGUGCAGACCCACCCGUCACCCGCCGUCGUGGUCGCGGCCCCCGCCGUCCACGGCCCCGCCGUCAUCGCCGCCCCCGCCAUCUACGGCGGAGUCCUGGGCGGCCACGGCGUGCACGGCGCCGGCCUCAUCGCCGCUGGCCCCCACAGCGCCCUCAUCGCCGGCCCCGCUGGCGUCAUCUCCGAGCACUCCGGCCUCGCGGGCAGCAUCGCCGUCGGCCAUGGUCUCCAUCAUUGGUAGAAACCGCCCCCCAUCCCAAAAUAGAGGCGUAUGAUUCAGACUCAAAGCAAAACCAUGUCCUAGUCUUUUGAAAAAAUAAACAGUGGCUCCUCGCUCAUCCGAGGAUGUAUGUUGGAAAGAAUAAAUGUCUCGGACAGACAUCA